UGCCAUAGUGAAGUUAUUACUGGUAAUAUCUAGAUUGCUGCACCGCUUUUCUUCAAAUGAAAAGUUUACAAUGCGACAACAUAUAUUUCGAUUAAAUCGGGCAGAAAUCAGAAUGCGUGACAGGCAAACACUUCUUCACGCAGUAUGUGGGAGUGAGGAUGCAUUUGCUGUAGAAGAUGAGCCAGGACUGGCUGUCCCGUGUAUCCCAGCUAUUCGGCUCCUUAUUGAAUGUGGGGCAUCAUUGAAUUCAAGGGAUAUUAGAGGAAAUACUCCUCUACAUAUCAUAGCCACCCACAGAAACGGAUCUGUGGCGUCCGAGGUAAUCUUUUUACUUCUAGGUGCAGGAGCACAUGUUGAUUGUGUUAAUGUUUUCGGGAAUGCGCCAAUAGAUAUUGCCUACACAGAUGCUGCGUGUCAGAUAUUCCAAAGUCAGAUUCCGUUGACUCUUAGGUGUAUGGCUGCAAAGGCUGUUAUGGAUUACAACAUUCAAUUUGAGAACCAGAUACCUAAAACCCUGAUUGAUUUUGUGUAUUGGCAUGGCAUAAGAAACAAGAGAUCAUAGGAAUAAGCCACAGUUUUUUUAGUAGAAGUGUAUUCUCAUAUUUAUAUUAUGUAUUGUCUUUGUGAACAUUUUGUAGUUUUGUAAUUUUUGUAGAUCUGUGCCUUUUAUUAUAAUAAUGUU